UGUGACGACUGUUGGUGUAGUUACAUAUUAGUGAAGUGGCUGAAAGAGCGGUGAGCUCCUUGAUAAGCAAACAAGCCUGUUUCAUCAGGGUAACAACGGCUAACUGAUGCUAAGUCGCUCCUGACAAACACGACGCUGCUAAAAAGCAGCUGUCAGGAUGCCAAAGAAGUUCCAGGGUGAGAACUCCAAAGCGGCCACUGCCAAAGCCCGCAAGGCUGAGGCCAAGGCAGUGGCAGACGCCCGUAAGAAGAAGGAAGAAGAAGACGCUCUCUGGCAAGAAACAGACAAACAUGUACUUAAAAAAGAGCAGAGAAAGGACGACAAGGAGAAGAAGCGGUUGGAGCUUCUUGAGAGGAAAAAGGAAAACCAGCGGCUCCUUGAUGAGGAGAACGCCAGGAUAAAAGGAAAAGCACAGAAGGAGGCAGCAGCUGGUGGAAAAGUGACUCGUGCUCAAAUUCAGGAGAUACUUCAAAAUGACCAGCAGCAAGAAAUGGAGAUGAAGCCGAAAGAGAAAAGCCACCUGGAGACUCCUCUGGAGGAGAAUAUUAACAGAGUCAUAGCUGAAGAAGGAAGUGUGGAAGCCCGAACAAUCGAGGAGGCCAUCUCUGUGCUCAGCACGGGGCCGGAAGACCUGGACCGCCAUCCAGAGCGGCGGAUGAAAGCAGCUUUUACUGCCUUUGAGGAAGCAAACAUGCCCCGACUAAAAAUGGAGAACCCCAACAUGAGGUUGUCGCAGCUAAAGCAACAGCUGAAAAAAGAGUGGGCCAAAUCUCCUGAGAACCCUUUGAACCAGCGUUUUGCCUCCUACAACUUGAAGUGAAUUCAUCGUUUUCACAAUGUCACUUGGAAACUCUGCUUGCUUAGGCAAAUUAGAGACUUUGAUUUGAAAAACUAAUAAUUUCACUGAAAAAAAAAGUGUGAGUGAUGAUGCUUCAUCAGCAAUCACCCGGCAACACCUUAUGCUGUGCCAGAGGACUUGACUCUUUUGUUUAAUUUAGUAGUAAGAGGAUCUGCUUUUCAUCUUCCAAAAUAACAACUGUUUAUCAUGUUUGUGAACACGGCCUUCAAUGAGCCAAACUCAGCAUCUCAUUAAUUGAAUUACUUAUUUUUUAGCCCUUCUGGGAAGGUGGGAAGCCAGAUGUUUUGGGAAUAACUUAUUAAAGUUCACAGCUGAAUCAUCAA